AUGCUCCCUUACCGACAACAAGAACGAUACACUAUUCGUUCAUUGGUUUAUAUUUUCACAUGUAUUCUAUUUGUAUUUUUAAUGCUCUCUUUUGAGAGUGGUGUAGUUUAUUCUGCUUCCACCUCAAUGGAAUAUAUUCAAUUCCUUAGGGAUAGAAGGAUUGCUAGAGACUAUGCAGCGCAGAGAAGGGCACUGCUUCAGAAUUACACAGACACUGUCCAGAAACAACAACAACUUGCUAGAGCACAAUACAGAGCCAUAUCCACCGCCUCUAUUGCACUAAAUUCAAAUGUUUCAACAAAUUCAAACUCCACAUAUCAGACACCCUUAACUUUUGUCAGUCAGGCGGGAAUCACAAGGGCCAUGACUAGAAAUUUACAACAGCUUCAAACCUUGACAGUUACUAAAUCUGAUAAUGUUAUUGUUAACGUUGCAAUGGAUUUUUACUUGAAUGGAAAGUACAAAUCUGCCGUAUCCUUAUUAAAUGGUUUAGAGAAGACGAUGAACUCGACCAUUAAUCCAAUACCAUUCACAACACCACUUGUGAGUGGAAAGCUGACCUACUUUAAUGCCAAUUCGACAUCAAUUUAUUUCAGAUCUCCCAAGGUUGAACCACCAAGGGAGAGAAUGUUCAUGUGCACUGGAGAUGCUUUUGGAAUCCACCUAGAUCCAGCCACCAGAGUGCUUUAUUCUUGGGGAACCACAACGUUGGGAAGAAUUCCUGCUACUCCAGCUCCUGGACGAGUUGAUUUACCUCUCGACUCUGAUGAGUACAUUAAGCAAGUUGCAUGUGGUCAACAACAUGGAACAAACGCCAAUGGAGAAGUUGGAGCUGGUUAUCAAGGUGUUGUUACCUAUCCUGUCAAGAUCAAGAGUCAUUCCAAUACCAUUACUUUUAUCAAUGCUGGACCAUAUAAUUCAGUGUACCUUGACAGUGAUGGCUAUGCUUUUAGUUGGGGAAGAGGAUCUGAAUGUCAACUAGGAACUGGCUCUACUGCAGUUUCUUCUUCACCUGUUAAAAUUUCUAACACCUUAAAGUUUACCAAGAUUUGUUUUGGCAAAAGCCAUGCUGUUGGAAGAACCACUUCAGGUGUAAUGUAUUAUUGGUGCACUCCAACAAAUUUUACCUCUGACUUUUUUGUGUACUUUUCUUCAAGUAUUAUCGACUUUCAAUGUGGUGAUUCAUCCACUCUUGCUCUGUUAGAUACUGGACGUGUAUUUGGUUGGGGAUAUAAUUAUAAUGGUCAGUUGGGAACAGACGUCAGUUCUUCAACCAUAAAUCCAUCUGCAAUUUCUACCACCAACAUUGGGUCGAGAAAGAUUGUCAAGCUAUUCCACAAGAAUGAACAAGCAUUUGCCUUGGCAGAUGAUCAAACAAUAUGGGCAUGGGGUAGAAAUGAUGACAAUGUUUGCAAUCUUGGCCUUGCUAGAUUUAAUUAUUGGUACGAUUACAGUUGGUCAAGUUAUGGCAGAAAAGGGUGCGGAACACAGUAUGCACCAGAUUCUCUGCUUUCUCCUCCAGGCUUUGAUUAUGUCCAUGAAAUUCACAUCAUGAAAGAAUCAGCCAUCUUGGCUUACAACAAAGACAGAGAGAUGGGAUUUUAUGCUGGUGGUAAAUUUUCAGUUCCAUUCUUUAGCAGUGGAUAUUCUGGGUUUAGAAACUAUUAUACUAAGGCAUUCAUCUUUUCAAUCGCUUACAUUGUUCCUUACGAGAAGGUGUUUCCAGUAUUUGAUUUGUCUUCUCUUAGAAUUGUCUAUUCUGAGAAUAACUUCAUCUCCCUUUCUAAUGAUAAUAUGGACAUGAUUAUGGUUGGUAAAUCAGAUAUGAGUGUGAAUAUUGCAAAAACAACCUACGAAAUGUUUGCUGCCUUCUCUUUCUGUAAUACCCACGACUUUACAAAGGACGGUGCUGUUUUUUACUUUGGUGGUGUUGUGAAUAAUGUUGUUUCGAAUAGAAUUGCUCUUAAAACAUCAGUUGACUCUAUUCAGAUUUUUAAUCAAACUUUACCCUACCCUGUUGCCUCAGGAAUGUUAGCAAUUGUUGACGAGUACUUGUACAUUUUUGGUGGGUUAACAGAUGAUAGAGGAACAACAAUCCCAACAUAUAAAGUGAUGAGAUGUCAUUUAAACGACCUAUUGAUUUGGGAAGAGGUUUCAAAGGUUCUACCAAGAGCAAUCUAUAAUGGUGUUGCUCAAGUCAUUGGCGACAAUAUUUAUCUUUUUGGGGGUAGAGUUGGUAGACUUGCUCUCAAUUCUGACAUUUUGUAUGCCUCUGCUUCUGAGAUGAUUUGGCAAAAUAGUUAUAGAGUUCUUCCUCACCCUUACACAGAAAGUAAUCUGUUUAGUGAUGACACUUACUUGUACAUGACUGGUGGUUUUAGUCCAACUUAUUCUGAAUUGAAGGGAAUUUCUAGAGCUCUCAAGAGCAAUCCUCUAGUAUGGGAAGAUAUCAAUCAAAAAUUACCAAUGCCAACUAUGGGUAUUACCUCUACAUUGAUUCUAAACAAUAAGCUCAAUUUAUUCUCCGUUGAUUUACCUCAAAACUUUUUAAAAACUAAUCCUAAUGUUCCAAUCAGUAUUCAUUCAAUUUAUUUCGCCAAUGAAACUAAGCCAUACGUGCCAACUACAACAGGCGUUGUUAUUGCUCUUCAAACACUUGAUAGUGCCUAUUUUAUUGGUAACGUGUUGAGGUCAUGUCGUGAAUACAAGGAUUUGAUUCCAUCUGCUGCCAGUGGUGUUUAUUGGGUGAAACCAUUAGAUACAAUGAAUAAGUUUAAGGUUUAUUGUGAUAUGGAGUACCUUGGAGGUGGUUGGGCUUUGGUUUCAUCAAGAACCACCACUAAUAAUAUAGCCAUUCCAUUAGCAACGAAUGAUUAUGUCAAGGUUGAUGUAUAUGGUUAUUCAGUCUCUGAUGACAAGUGGGGAGCAUUGAGAAAUGUUUCCUCUGAUAUUCUUUGGAGAGAUCCAACUGGAUACUAUGGUCUUGCCUCAAUUUCUACCUUAUCAACAGGUGGUUCUUUUGUUUGUAAAACAUUGGCAUCAUCCUUAUUAGACACUGAAUUGUAUCGUGUUGAAGAUGGUAGCCCUUGUAAUUAUGGUACUGAUACAUGUUCAUUGGGAGGACCAACUACAAAGAGUGGAGCCAUUACAAGUUAUUGUGGUAGUAUAAAAAAAAUGUUUAAAAAACUAAUGUUGAAAGAUGACACUAAACGAUUUGAUGCUCGUAAAUUUGUGGUAACCUAUGAUGAAGUGAUGGAAAAUAGUGAAGCAAGGGAUUUAUUUCUUCAUUAUUUAAAAACCGUAGCAUCAAAUGAAGAGCCGUUAUUGUUCGUAAAUGAUGUAGAAGUUUAUCGGAAUGAAUAUUCGAAACUACCUUCGGAAUCAAACCAAAAGAAUCAAGUAGAAAAUUUAAUGAAAAGUUGUGAAAAGGCUUUCGAAAGAGCUCAUCAAAUCAUGAAUACUUACAUUCGAAACGGAAGUGAUAUGGAAUUAAACUUGUCAUCUUCUAAAAGAGAAGUUUUAUCAAUUUGGGAUGAAAAAAUUGAACCCUAUUUCAGUGUAGGAAGUCAAUCCUAUUCUUCCACAACAGGAAUAAUUCAAUUGAAAAGAAGAUCAUCUGUGACGGUUCAGUUUAAUGCAAAUUCUCUUGGAGAAGCUGAAUUUCUGAUUGGACAAAUUGAACAAGUAUUCGAAACGUUGAAUCCAGAUAAUUUAUUUAGGAAUAUACUACUUUCUAUUGAGAUUGAUUUGAAAUGUGAUCAAUUUCCAAGGUUUUCUAGAUCAGAAUUGUUAUUUUCAUUCUUGAAGAAACAAGGUGAAAACUUUACUCGUCAAAUAGCAAUAGAUACAUCGAAAGGUUACAAUGUAGACUUUAGAUUUAAACCUAGUCAUUUAAAUUCUAAUGAAAUAACAGAGAAGGAUAUUUAUUUUGGAUAUAGUUUAAUGGAAGAUUCACCAGAUUGGGAAAUGAUCAAAAAUUCCAAAAAUUCCAACUCGAUUCAAUUCUUUUAUUCUAAAACUCAAUAUGUAUUCCAGGACGAUACUGCAAUGCACCUAACAAAGUUCAAUAUGACCGUUCCAUAUCCAUUGGAAGAUGUUUGGAAAGUCUUUUUACAUGUCACUGCCAUAGAGGAAGGAAAAGAUAACAUGAUAGACAUUAGAACAAUUCAUUACAAGGAAGCAACUAAAGAUUCACUUGGAAUGAAUUAUUCCGUUGGAGUUUUGGAUUUGAAUUUACCAGGAUUUAAGAAUAGAGACAUUACUCAAGUUCACACAAGUAUUCAUGACGAGUUGGCUAAUAGUUAUGUCAUUAUUGGACACAGUGGUAAUUUUGCAGAGUUUGGACACGAGCCAAAGGAUAUGGGACGGUAUGAUGGUUUCUUUUUCUAUCGAUUCGAUAAGAUUAAUGAUAAUUCCACUCGAUUUAUCAAUGUUCUCUAUUCAGAUAUUCAUCUGCCAAAGUUUUUAAUUCACAAAUCAACACUUGUCAAGCUCUUUAAAAAGAGAGCAUACUUUUUCCAGGAUAAAUUGGAAUCAAUAUUGAAAGAACGAAUGGGAAAUUCAAAUUUUGAUGAAUCAUCAUUAUUGGAUAAAUUUCAAGUUCAAAGAGCUUUGGAAGAUAACAAGAUUUGGCAUUCUGGAAAAUCUUAUUAUUUGGAAUUUCAAAAGAGGAGGAAAUCUGAAUAG